GUUUUACUGUCAGGUCAUGGAGUUCUGUUUUCACGUUGUUCCUCGGCAUGGUCCAUUUUCUUUUCAUAAACAGGCAGUCUAUUCGUGUUUGUUCAUGUACUCUACAACUUUUCAUCUUAUCGCAAAACCACAAGUGUUGUAGUUGCUUGUAGCGCCAUAAUUUUUGUCUUCAGUAUAAAGUACUUCUUCCCACGGUAUUAGAUAUCCACUACAGCAAUGGCCUCCUCCUCCAUUUAUAAAAAGGCCCGGUCCGCGGUGGACGCAUGGCAGCAGCGAGACCUGACGCUCCAAGCAAUAGAGGAGCAGAAGCAGCAACUGCGGUUGCUUUUAUGAAUUGCAAAAAUGUCUGGGUCUGGAAGAUUGCGAAACUUGUCAUGCUGAUCUGGCAUGGCCCUUAAAUCUGUAUUGCGUGGCCACAAACAGCCUCUCUCGCCUGUCAUGCAAAAACACAGUUUCUCAUCCGGAAGACGCAGCACAGAAGCACGAAAAAACUGUCAUGCUUGGCGGCGCAUUACAGUGCAUUUGUUAUUGACUGUCUUGCAUCACAAGUUUCCAGACCCAGACAUCUUUGCAUUUGAUAGCUUUUUCACGAAACGGACUUCCGCGCAAUGCGGGAAAAGGCCCACGCACGGCAGGACGUAGUAUCCCGUGCAAAAAUAUCCCCACCCCAUAGUCAAGUUAGUAAAUCUGCAACACACAUCUCAAAGUUAAGGGAGUUGUGCAUGACACGUUUCCAUCUGCAGUGUAGUUCUGGUUAGCAAGCGCAGCCGCAUGAGACAGCCACUUUCUCAUCCUAUUUACAGCAUUACAAAUGCCAAAACACGAUUGGAAAUGCCUGUCAUGCAGAGGCGCAUUACAUAUGUUCCUGUCAUUCGGCAUUUGCAUGACAACUCGGGGGUGGUAACGUUUUUGCUGGGGAUACGUAGAUAGACUGCUGUCGAAGUACGGUUUCGAGAAGGAAAGCAAGUUUGAAGAGGCCUUCGAGAAGCAGCAACAGGACAAAGAAGAACAGCAGAGGGCGAAAAACCAUCCUGCGCCCACUGAUCAACAUGAGCCGGAGGAGGUGCGGGAAGCUACAAGAAGCGAGUCGCAGCAGAACAACACAACGGGUACUAAAAAGGCGACAAGUUCUAAUAUCACCGAUGCAGACUACCAGACGUACGAGCGGCUCCUUUCCCACGCCACCUACGGCACCGCGAUGAGCGAGAAGGUGCUCGCACUGUGCGCGGAUUGGGAAAUAUUAAAAGGGAAAAUCGAGACGCUGCUGUGCGUGGAGGAGAUCAGAGACGGUGGAGAUAUAAUGCCUAUGGAGGUCGGGCGGGACCACAGUACUUCUAGCGAGGGCAACAUCAAAAUCGCCGGCGCCGGGGCGAGCAGUACACGAAUAGUAAAUGGGGAUGAAGAACAAGCAGAAAAAGCUCUGCACCUGUUGCGGCAAGAGCUGCGGACGUACAUCCUCGAGUCCGAACAAGAUCCGGAAGUCGCCAAGCAGAGGGAGCGGGAGCAGCAGAGGCAGAAACGGCAAAAAUUGGCCGAGGAGGAGGAAAACAAACGGGCGCGCGCGGAAAUCCAGACGGCCACGGAACGGCAGCAGGCGUUGGAACUGCAGAGACGAUAUUCCACAGAAAAAAGCAGGCAGGACAUAUUUGCAAUGCAAAAAUAAAUACGCAGUAAGCACUGUCAUGGGCGGCGCCAUAGCAUGCUGUUUAGGCUUCGCAAUACAGAUUUUUCGUGUAUUCAUUUUCGCAUUACAAAGAUGACCUGCCUGCUUUUUUCUGUGGGAUAAACGAGAGAAGGAACUGGCGGAGGAGAAGGAAAAGCGGGACAAGGCGAACGAACUCCUCCGGCUCGCCGAAGAAGCCGCGCUGUACGACAAAGCGCAGAUGAUGGAGCGAGAGCAAAAUUGGGUUUUGCUCGCGGAUGCGGACAAGCAGCGGUCCAAGGGGACCAGCAGCCGCCAGCUGCUGAACGAGAGUUUUUCGGAACUGUUGCGGUCCAACAGUCUGCAGAGCUUCAAGCAAGACCGCCUACCGGCGCUGCGGAAGUUGACGGAAGCACUGGCGAAGAGGCCCGAGGAGCACCCGAACGUGCUACGCUUGGACAACAAAGACUUCCAGAACGACUUUGGCAACUGUCUGCCGGCGAGAAAAGUUUUGUUCGGCUUAGGAUAUCGGCGGGUGGAGGAGGAGAGCAUCCACUCAAAUGGUAUCAGAAGAAAAAAUCAAAUCCCCCUUCCUCAUAUCGAAACGAAGUUUCUGGUGCUGGAUUUGCGUACACAAAUCAGCUGUGUCUUGCAGUGAAGGACUGCGAGCCCAUGUCGCGCCUGAGUAGAAGGGUUGGCGUAGGCGUUUAGCAUGAGAAACGUCUAUGCUCUAGGCUCACCAGCAUCACAGACCGCCGGCAUAAUGCGGUGGAACCUGUGGAGUUGCCUUCUUGCAAGACAGACGCGAUUUGUAGUCACAAAUCCGCAUUACAAAUUUUCCGAGGCGUGCCGUUUCGAUAGGGGGAGGGGGGAUUUUUCCUUAUGAUAAACGGGGUAGAUUUCCCGAAAUCUAAAGGGCCCUACUACUUCGUCGCAGAGCCCGAUCCGUUGGAAGACUUUGACAAAUAUCAAAAGGAAAAAUCCCCCCUCCCCAUAUCGAAAGGGAAGUCUGUGAUGCUGUAUUUGCGUACACAAAUCAGAUUUGUCUUGCAGUACAGCACUGCAGGCAGAUACAAAGCCCGGAAAGGGGUGGCUUAGGUAGUUACUUAGCAUGGCAGAUGUCUGCCCCAUUAGCGCAGCAGCAUUACAAAUCGCCUGCGAAAUGCGACGGAAGCUCUGGCUUUGCUCGGUUGCAAGACCGACUCGAUCUGUGGCCACAAAUCAGCAUCGCAAAUUUUGAAAAGCGCGCCUUUUCGAUAUGAGGAGGAGGGAUUUUUCCUUACGAUAGCAAAUACGCGGAGUUCACGGAAUUCUUCGAGUCAUUGCUAAACAGGCUGAACGAGGUCGCGAACAUGGUUCACGGGUUUUCCUCCCAAGCCAAUAACGACCGCUGCGCCGCGGAUAUGCAAGAAAAAAACUGUGUAAGUGUAACUCUGCAAAAAUGCGGAACAUGCAGCACGAGUUACACCUGUCAUGCGAAACAACCAUGGAGUCCUCUUUUCAUGUGUGUUUUCCCUUGCAAGCCACGCAUGACAGAUUUUCUCUGUCAUGUAGAGGAAAUUUGUGAUGCUGUCAGCCAACGAAAGUUACACUAACACAGUUCUUCUCUUGCAUAGCGAAGCUCUUCGGCGCAGAUUUUCUGCUCGUGCCGUGACCGCAAGUACAGGUCUGGUGCUUGUGGUGUAUAGAUCGUUAUUGUUCAUGGGAUAUGUCGUCGCUCACACAUGUAGUUCUUCCGGCAGCGCACUUCUCAUAAUCUUCCGAUAGACAUCAAGUAGACGCAAGAAGUUUGAAUAUUGCAUCUGCCUAGCGACACAUCGCAAGUGAAU